GAAGUCAGUCUACACAGACAGGAUGCACUCCUCAUGCUGCUCCUCUGCCAGACCACGGACACUAAAGGUGUUGUGUGUUCAGAUGUGCAUUUUCUACUCCGCCAUGUGUCUGGCAGGCUGGCCACUCUCCUCAGAGGCAGCCAGACUCCGCUGUGGUUCUGAUCUCCUCAGUGACCUCAUAUUUGUGUGUGGGGAUCGGGGAAUCUAUUUGGGAAAAGGUACGUGGUCUGGUUACGGUUCUCGGCCAAGAGGGAAGGGGAUAGUAGAUCAGUGUUGCCAGCCAGCUGGCUGUGAACUUCAGCAUCUGGAGAUGUAUUGUGCCAAACCAAAGAGCCAGCAGCACAUCACAGCUUACCCAGCCACCACCACAGCAGCACAUACCACUACCCAGCUAGACAUGGCACAGCAGUUCCAAGCAGUAUUUCACAAGAGACUUUUAGAGCACCUGGGGACUCCCAACAGUCCAAAAAGGGAAGUUUAUAGAAAGAAAACACAGCAUUCAGUCCAACGGAAAAGCAAAGCUUCAUCAUCAAACAGGAGGAUUAACACAGAGAACACAUCCAGCAGGCCACCUUCAGCCUCCGGGAGUCCCCUUCAAAGACUGAUGAGAUUUGAAUCAUGACCUCUGACCUCGUGAAAUGCUGCAUAUUUAUAGUGACUGGAUUGGACCCAGCUGCUUGAAAGACUGAUGCUGACUGUUGUAAUAUGAAUUUAAAGAAAUUCUCUGCUUAGUAGGGAUCACAGUGGUUGAAAAUAACCCCAAAGCACCAGAUUAUCAACAGAUUUGGAGGGAAACAAAAAGUUGCUGGGUGAUUUAACAUACCCACUGGACAUCUUCAGCUCCAGGAACAAAUACAACUGAAGUAGCUCUCCCUUAUACAUGAUAGUCACCCACACUCUUUUCUAAUGUCAUCUCUAUAGUGUUUUAGCUUUAAAGGUGUAUACUACUGUAACAGCCAUGUCUGGACUAGAAAGGUUGACAAGUAUAUUCUGAUAGCUCACUAAUUGACUGGCCUUUAUCUAUCAACCUGAUGAUGUUUAACCCAUGAUGGUCUUGGGCUUGUGAGAAAUUAAAAGCUGUUAAAUGUUAAACAAACAACAAUGCAUAGUUAACCAUUCCUGUCUAGACAAAUGGAGUGUACAACAUAGAGACUAUUGACUUUUUUUAAUUUCCGUUUGAAAUGCCAGUGUGAUUGUGCACAAGGAUUUCCUUGUAGUUUUGGUUUCAUUCUGUUUCCUAUCAGCCCUUUUCCAAUGCAGCAACUUAGUGCCCUGAGGCUUCCAACAACCUGAACAUUUUAGAGCCCAGUGAGGUUUUGGUACCAGGUUCUUCUUUGUGUUUCCAGUGUAUUUAAAGCAGAAACAAUUGAUUUACAUUUUUUUAACACAAUAUCAUCUAUGUGUCAUAAACGUGUUAGCAAUCAGUGAUUUAUUUGCAUAUUUAACAGAUAUGUGGCAAUAUUAGCAAUCCACUUGACAAAAUUUUGCUCCAGUAUUCACUCUCCAUUUAGCUCUGGUUUGGUCUCCACCAGCUCUGAAGAUAAAUAUGUAUCUUUAGCUUCUAAAUGCUCAAUUAUGUUCACUGGCUAGUCUCUAACUGUGUAUGUCUGCUUUUUUUUCUGAGCAGAUAGUGUACAAUGGGUUUUUACAUGUUAUGUUAGGUUAUUGCAGUGAAAAAGAGCUACAGUAUAUAGGUCAGAUCAUCUUAGAUAUGCUUCAUUUUGGUGCUAUUUUUGACAGACAGCUAAUCAUGAUGUCACUGGGUUAGCUUGUUAGCCACUGUAGCUAGCAGUAUUACUCUGUUUUACACAUAGAUUUUAAACAUAAAAUAUUUAAAGUUUUUGAUACUUGUGCAAAGUCUGUUGAAUACAGUACACUACAUCUUUUCAAAUGCAUUGAUACUCCUUUAUAGCACUUUGACUGAAUGAUAGUAUGUAGCUUUAUGUACCUUUAGUAUGUGUUUUGGAUACAGACAUUAGCAAGGCAGAAUGUACAGAAGAAGUUUGUGUACUUAUUGAAUGGGUUGGAUUGAACUUAUUACUACUUCAGUUGUACUGAUUUUUAUGUUCCUUCUGUCUGAGAUGAUCUAGUAUGUUGUUUAUUGUUUCAAAUUUUGUGUCUGACCAUGAUUUAUGUGAAAGACUUUGAAUGCAUUCAUUAUUUAUUUCACCAUGACUAUAAUAAAUAUUAAAACUUUAUAAUUCUUUUUGAUGGAUUCAAUGAGGUUGAUGUUGUUAUGGUUUGAUUUGAAGCCACCACAGGAGAAAACUAAAACAAACUGAGAAAGUCAUUUGAGUUUCGACCAUUCUUUCUCUGGUGUUUCUCCCUUGGCACCUUGCACACAGAGUUGUUUUGAAUUUUGAAACAUUUUAUAACAAUAUAAUAUUUAAGAGACCUUUACCUUUUGUUUUGACGUUCAGCUUCAGUCCGAUCAUAAACA